GGUUGACUAUUUGGUUUGUUUCUGUUUGGCUGUUUCGUAUUUCCGGGUGAAGAUGAAGGAUAAUAGAAAGGUUUAUUAUCCUUGGUGAAGAUGGCAGACUCUGUGCCGGAAGAGAAAUUUAGUUUAAAAGAAGUUCUGAUCACUUUUCAGUCAUGUCUCACCGACAACCAAGAAAUACUCACUGACAGCUACGUGAAUGGAUGGAGGGGUCUUGUCAGGUUUAUGAACAGCCUCGGCUCAAUCUUUUCCUUCAUCUCCAAAGACGCAGUGAACAAAAUCCAGAUCAUGGUGACCCACCGGAACGGGGAGAAUGGGGACAAAUACGAGACUCUUCAGUCCAUGGUGAAGUAUGAGCUGGACAACAACCUUGUGGACCUGCAGAGGAGAGCGGAGCACCCCGAGUCCGGGUGCCGGACGCUCCUGCGUCUUCACCGCGCCCUGCGCUGGCUGGAACUCUUCCUGGAGAAGCUGAGGACCAGCACGGAGGACAGCAAGACUUCAGUCAUGUGCACCGACGCCUACAACGACUCCCUGGCCCAGUACCACGCCUGGAUCAUCCGCAAAGCAGCAACCAUGGCGUUCUGUGCUCUGCCCGGGAGAGCCGCCUUCUUUCAAACGAUGAAUGUGGGCUCCACAGAGCAAGUGGUUGCCAUGUUAGGAGAAGCGAUGCCCUUUAUCUCCAAAGUCUACGAGAUUACAGAGGAGCUGUAUAAACAACACAACCUGCUUGAAUUACCUUAACAUUAGAGAGCUAGGAAAUCAGUCUGUAAUUACACUGCUAAGUAUAUCUAGACUAAGUUUCCGUUUUGUGAUUUGGUAUUACUUUAUUUCAAAUUUGACAUUGAUUUUCACAUAUAGUAUGCUGAGGGUUCCAUCAGGACCAUUGCAUUGGCUCUGGUGCUCCUGCAGGUCAGGGAGGUAAAGCUGGCAGGGACUGUUUCUCCUCAUUGCACUACAGCGGACCCUACAGGCCAGACACCUGCAGGGCUGGCUUGGUCCUUCUGCUCUGGAGCUCCUGAGCGUUGGGCGUAUGGCUGCGGUGAACAAACGUUAUUAGACUUUCAAAACUGGGGAGAAAAUAAUUAUGCACUCUGAAUGAAAAAUAAAAUAACCAAAAAAAAAUAAUGCAGACAUAUUAUUAAUGAUUAACUUAAAAAAAAAAAAAAUCAAUGCAAAAUCCUCAUUAUUUUUUAUUAAAUGUUUGGUACAAUACUAAGCCAUUAAGGGUUUUUGUUUUGCUGUUUAAAUGGUAGUUCAAACCAUGUUGCUUACUUGUUUUUCAUAGCUAGAUAAUUACACAUGACCACAAUGGGGGUCCAUUUACAGUAGCUGCAUUUAAGAGAGUACUGGAUAGUAUAUUUGUGGUCCUUUCCACUACAUUUUGGUUAUAGUUGUUUGCCAGACUAAAAUCAAUUCAGAAAAGUUUUAAACCACUUGAUGUAUAUUAUUGUUGGUCCAGCUACUUAAAAAACACCUACUCCCUAAACAAGUAAACCCUCCAAAGUAAUAUACCUCUGAACUGAUCGAGCAGAUUAAGAUUUUGUUUACAGAUGCAGAGUCUGACUGCUUUAUUCCAAUAUUGCAGGGCAGUGGGAUUAAAUACAGUUUAAGAAGCUUAUCUUGUUCACCUUUUGGCUUGUUUGUUGAGUAAUAUUUCUGCAUGAAAGAAAAAUUGUUAUUGUUUUAUAAUAAUUGACUAAUAGAUUUAAUGAUGUCACAGUCAACUGUGAUUCACCAGUAAGUGUACUUCUGUCAUAAAAUAACAUAGAAAGUCAUUUGUGUGUUAUAUUCCUUUACUAUCUGUGUGUUUAUGUUUAAAGUAAUUGUAGCUUACAAACAAAAUUCAAGUCUUACCUAUUUUGCAUUUCCAGUUGCUACAUAGCUCUAAAAUGUGCAGUUUUGAAAGCAACCUGUUAUGGCAAACAUGUAUUUUCAUUUCUAACCAUGAUGUCUGGUACUAUACUAGGUUAAAGAAAGCUCUGUUUCUAUGCCUUACUCGCAGGGAAUCUGUUACACUUGCACUUCCUAGCUCACGUCACCAGUGUCUUCUAGGUCCUGUUACUGGCUGAAGGCAUGUCAGUCAAUAGGGGAAGCAGCUGAUUGGUUCAUGAUAGAAAAGAAGCUGCUGAAGGGGCAGGACCUGGGAAGUGCCACCCUGUCAGAGGUUUCUUUAAGCAGAUAUCAUGUUUCAAAAUAAACACACAUUUACUGAAACCCUUGAGACCGAUAUAAUAAAUAGAAGUGCUCAACAGGUCUGUGCUAUUAUUUAGCUACAGUCAUCUCAAGGGUAUCAUUUUGCAGCAAAUAACAGAAAGUUUCUGUAUGUCAGCAUAAUAUCACUAACCAAGCUGUUCUCUAGUGGACUGGUACAGUAUAGCCAGUUAUUUCAAUGCAGUCUCAAUGUGUUGAAAUUAGUCUAUAUGUGUAUAUAAUCAUUUGCAAAAAAAUAUAUAAAUUGACCCUCCAUGGCAUUUUACAUCCUUGCAUGAAGAUGUCAAAAAGAGGCAGAUUGAAUCUAAAUGGUUGCAGUAUUUAGAUCAAUUGAAUAGACCCUAUUGUUUGACACCUGUGUGCUUAAGUAAACAUGCUUGAAUGUGUGCCACUAUGUUAUUAACACUCUUCUCUUGUUGUGAACAUACACAUUAUCAAUGAUGUUUUACAAUGGAUUCGUUUACAAUGUGAUUAUUUACAUCUAGUAUAUUUGAUCAAUUAGAAUAUAUAUAUUUUUCUGUUUUAGGGUUGUAUCAGAUUCAGAUUUUGGUGUAAUUUGAUGUUUUAAUAUUUGACAUGUAACUGACUAAAUUGUAAAAUAAAGUUCUCAAAA